AGUAUCGCCUGCAAGCACAGGUGUUUGUUGUUCUGCCAUGGACAGCAAAAAAACAUCAUCCAGAAAAAUAAGUAGGAAAGCUUACAGGAUGCCCACCCAAAAGAAGGAGAGAGCCCCGCGCAGCCCUCUGCAGACUAACACUUUGGAUAGUAAUGUAAAAAAGUUUGGACGUAUUGAAUUUUGUGAGCCCUUGGUUUCUUUCAGACACGUUCAGUGGGCCCCAUCUUACCAAACCUCUUCCCAGAUGGAGGCCAGAUGUCUGAAGCAUAAAGGAGCAGGGAAUAAGACUGAAGAAAUAACUCAUAUGACGUAUGAAAAAUGUGAACCAGACUUGCAGAUCAGGGAUUUCAAAAGCCCAUGUUCUUCAGAUGAAACUAUUGUCAGAUAUUUGAAUGACCGUCCUGCAAUUGAUGCCUUGAAAAAUUCAGGUGUUUUCUUUAAAGCAGUAAUUCCCACCCAAUCAGACGAGGAAAAAACUGAGGGAUCCAAAGAAGAUGAGCAUACAAAAACAUCUCUGAGUACGACUCAGGAUCUUGAACUAAAAGAAUUGCAGUCAGUAGAAUCUUGUUCUUCUGGAUUUACCUCCAGUGCUCACAGACUAGAUAUGUUAAAGCAGCAUCAGCAUGAUGCUAAACUGGAAAGAUUGAAAGAACGGAUUAGAAAGCAAUGGGACCAUCCAGAAGAACUUGGUGGCAGAGGGCAUCAUCUGGAAUAUGCUGAUCAUCCAAUAACUACAGCAGCUCCUGAGAAUACAAUAACUCCUAAAGUCAGGAAAGUGACAAGUGCACCUCCUGCUCCCUGUUAUAAAGGUUUUAAUCCAUCAGAAGCAAAGAUUCGUACUCCUGAUGGAAAGAUUUGGUGUGAAGCAGACUUUCACAGAGAGUUAUGUCGAGACUUAGAACUCCAGUUAGUAGCAGAUGCCAAGCAAAGGAACAUCUCAGAAACGGACUUCUUUUUUCAUCAGUUAAGCCCUUCUCACCCAAAUGCAAAGGAGUUGUCAUGUUUAACAAGUUCUUCAGAAGAAGAUUUGGUUGUGAAACGGACACCUGCUGAAAAAAGGAAAGAGAGAAGAACAACUAAACCAAUGCGCAAAAUUCAAAAAGUGAUACAGUUUCCAAGUCCUGAUUCGAAAACUGGUGCAGGUGGUACCAAUGCAAUAAGUACGUCAUCCUGGCGAGAUGGACAAAGACUUGCAAAAAAGAUACUUGGUCCAGCAUCUAAAGUGGAACAUCAAGACAAAGAGCCACUAUCUAACAAUAAAACUGGAAAGGAUAGAGCUACUAAAUCUGGAAAGGCAGAGUCUGAUUUCUGCCUUGAUGUUACUAUAAAAACACUACCAAGAAGUCCUGAACAUUCAAAAAGUAAAGUAAGAGCAGAGAAUAAUCUGAAAAAAAGAGAUUCUGUUCUUCAGGAUACUAAACUGGGAGAAGACCAUGUUAAUAAAGAUUUUUUGCCAGUAGAGAUCCGUGGAAUUCUUGAUGACCUACAGUUGGACUCUGUGGGUAGGGAACAGGAGAGAAAUGAAGGAAGUCAGAAUCAGAAAUCGGCACGUUCUGCAUUUUCCAGGAGCCACAGUCCAACCAAAAGAAAGCCAGACAAGCUUUCUGCCAAUGAUGAUCCUCAGAUCACAUCUAAGAAACGUCAUUAUGAUACAGAUGAAGUUCGCCAGUACAUUGUUAGACAGCAAGAGGAAAGGAAGAAGAGACAAAACGAAGAGAAGAAAGCACAGAAGGAGGCAACGGAACAAAAGAAUAAGAGGCUUCAAGAACUUUACAAGAAGCAGAGGGAGGCUCUUGCUAAUAAAACAAAGAGCACAAUGGCACCUGAAUUAGCCAAAAAGCAGUUACAAGAAACAUAUACGAAACUGUUACUUGAACAAACCUUGCUAGAAGUGCCGGCGCCCUCUGCACAGGAGUCGAAACCUGGGUAUCAGCCAUCUGGAGAAUCUGACAAAGAGAACAAGGUGCAGGAGCGUCCACCCAGUGCAUCUUCUAGUAGUGACAUGUCUCUUUCUGAACCUCAUCAUCAUCUUAGGAAUAAUUUAUUGGAGCCUUUGUGGAUUCAGCCAGAUAGACUAAGUUCAAAAAUGCAGCUACCUUGCACGCAGUCUUCAGAUGUAUUGAAUAGUGGUGGACUCUUCUCUCAGUAUUUAUCCGUAGAUCACAGGAGUAUCCCCAAAAAAGACUUUGAUUCUGUAUUAUCUACCAGAAGGAAUCAUAGCAGUGCUGUGGGUUCUGGACCUUUGACAUCUCAGCUGUUUAUGCCAUCUGUUGUACAGCCUACCAUUAAUCAGUAUAAAAAUAAAAUUGACCGCAUUGAAGCCUUGAAGGCAACAGCAGCCUCUCUGUCCAGUAGAAUUGAAAAUGAAGCAAAGAAGUUAGCUGGGGCAGGCAUUAACUAUGGUGCAGCAUGGAAUUCUGAAUGUGACUUGUUCCAGAGAGAUCAAGUUGAUGGCUAUGUGGCAAAGGCGCGCAGUCCUCCAGUGAAAGAGGAUGAUGUUUUUUCAACCAGGCUUCAAAAGAUGCUGAGUACCUGCAUCUCUCAUGCAAGUUUUGAUGAUAACCUUCCUGGAGUGGGAAAUCUUAAUGAGUUUAAAAAGCUCCCAGAAAUUAUCACUCCUCAUACUGCUGCUGUCAGCCUUCCGAGCAGCCACAAAUCUGAAGGAAAUCUGGGAAAUCUGUACAAAAAGCAAACAUGUUCUCCUGCUGCUGAAAAUAAAGUUCUUCAUGGGGGCAGUUUAGAUUCAAUAAGUGAGGGACCACUCAGUGAUGACUUUUUAUCUGAGGAAGAAAGAGAAAAGCACCCAGCUUUGAAGAGAACUGAAGUGUUAAAGGAAAACGAGUUCUGUGUUGCAGAUAAAACUGGCAAUGAACCCUUAAAAGAAUUUCAGAAAGAGGCAGAGAAGUAUUCCCCUAUUUUCACACAGUUGAGGAAUGCUCCAAGACCUAUAGAUGAACUGUCCAAGGGAAGUCCGCAUAGUGUCAUCAACAUCUUUACAAAAUCUUACCAGUUAUGUGGGAAAGGAUUCGCAGAAUGGUCAGGACAAAGAUUUCCUACUCAGCAACCUUUACUUCCAGUCAUGAGCCCCCCAGCUAGUAUUAUUUCAUAUGAUGAUAAUUUCAUCUUAUCACGUGAAACUGAAACUGGAAUAGACAAAAAGGCUGUUCUUGAAGCCAGUUGUAGCAGCAGCAGCAGCCUGCAAGACGAGUUUCCCAGCAGAAAGUCACCUUUUGAGAUACAAGCUGUAGAGUUUACACUCCAUUCCUCAGGAUCACUUUCUGCAGGUUCUUCUCGUUCAUCUGCUUCAUCAAAAAGAAGAGGAAAAGUGGACAAAUUGGAUUCUUUCAAUGGAGUUUCAAAUACUUCUUUGUGGGAUGAAAACCAAACAACCCCAGGAUCAGGCCUCAAACAUCAUCAGGAGAAGAACCCAUUACCUUGUAAUGGAAUAUCUUUUAGAGAGCAGAACCUGGAUUCUGACAGCACUUUGGAAGAACUGUCUGGUAAUUCUUCUAUGAGUGUCCCGGAGAAGGUGAGGUCCCCACAGUCUGCAAGCUCCCCUCAGUCUCCACAGUUACAGAGACAAUCAGAUCUUGUAAUAAAUACAGCAGAAAAAAACAGAUCUUCAAACUCUCCAGUGACUGUAACUCCUGGAUUCAAGCCCAAUCUCAGCUUCUCUGAUUUGAACCUUGGAACCAACAGGACUGGAACAGCUGACAUGAAUGGUUCCAUGCGUUUCUCACCUGCCGCCCUCCAGCAUCGUAUGUCAGCAGAAUUAAACUACUUGAGUGCUAUUGAGGAAUCUGUACGCCAGAUCUCUGAUGUAGAACGCGUCCGGGGUAUAUCACUUGCACAACAAGAAAGUGUUUCACUGGCCCAAAUACUAAAGGCACAGCAGGAACAACAUAAACGGGAUUUGGUUCUUCUGAAGAUCAAGGCAGAACAAGAGACUUUGGAAAGUCAAAGACAGCUGGAAGAAGCAAGACAAAAAGCAGCUCAGGCUCAUGCAGAAUCACUCCAGCAACUGGUGCAGUCACAACAGGAAGCAGUUGAGACACUACAAGAGACCACGUGCAAGAUUGCAGUUCAGCAGGUGGAGGCAGCAAUGCUCACCACAGAUGCUGCUCGCCACAUACGCGAGAUGACAGAGCUUGCACGUACCCAGAUCUCUGAUGCCAUUGGUGCUCCCGCUGCUCCAGUUACUACACUGCUUGACCAAGAGCGGAAGCACCAUUCAGCUUUUGCAAAGCAACUAAAAGCUCACAGGAAAGCAGACUCAUUUAAAGAAGAAAAGGACCAUUACUCACUCUCAUUUGAUAGUUACUCAGAGUCAUCAAAAUCAAAGGCACGUGAUCAGAGCAGCAGCAGUUGUCGGGAAAGUCCAUCUGCUCCAUCUUCAAAAGAAAUAAAGAAAUAUUCACAUCGUGAAAAACCAAGUAGCUCCAUAGAGGAUGAAGUUCCUGUGGCUGUGAAUGAUUCCUUACAGAGUAAUAGAAUUCCAUCCAUUCCUGAUGAAAGAGACUCUACUUCUGUUGCAACAGAAUAUUCUCUGAAAUUUGGUGAAUCUAUGACAGAGGAUGAGAUUGAAGAAAAGUCCUUCCGGUCCUUACUACCUUCUGAGAGUCACCGUCGAAUCAAUUUGAAAAAGCGAGUUCAUCAAGAUUAUUCUGAUGAGGAAGCUUCUCCUGGAAAGACUGCUCUGUCACCAGUUAAAGAGUUAAGUCUGCCAUUUUCAGGAGGGCAAGACAGCUUUUCUAGGUUUACAAUGGAAAUGGUGCGGCAGUACAUGAAGGAAGAAGAAAUGAGGGCAGCUCAUCAAUCCUCUCUGCUCCGACUACGUGAAAAAGCACUGAAAGAGAAGACAAAGGCAGAGCUAGCAUGGCUAGAGCACCAGAAAAAGCAUUUACGAGACAAAGGAGAGGAUGACAAAAUGCCACCUAUCCGGAAAAAACAACGUGGGCUACUUCUGAAGCUGCAGCAGGAGAAAGCUGAAAUUAAGCGUCUCCAGGAAGCCAAUAAGGCAGCUCGAAAGGAAAGGCAAUUGAUCCUUAAGCAGCAACAGGAGAUAGAGCGAAUACGCCAAACCACAAUGAAACUACAAGAAAAGCUGAAGUCUGCAGGAGAAAAUAAGUUGGAACAUCGCAGUGAAGAUGAUGUAAAGCAAACACAUUCUUCAAGUCCACUACCAACAGAUGCAGAGACCUAUAGCCCUUCCUCCAUCUCCAGCUGUGAAACUAAUAGCAUCAUGCAGAAAUUAAAGAAAAUGCACAGCCGGAUGGAUGAGAAAUUCUUGACAAAGCGAGAACAGAAAUUGAUGCAGCGUCGCCAGCAUGCUGAAGAACUACUGCAGUGGAAGCGCCGUUUAGAUGCAGAAGAAGCAGAGAUACGUCAAAUAGAAAAACAAGCAUUGGCUGCCUGGGACAAAGAGCUGCACAAAGCAAAAGCACACAACAAGGGAGCAGGAGACCAAAAAUCUAAUCAGAAAGAAACAGCCAGUGAAGAAAAUUCUUCAAUACCAUCAUGUUCUCGUCUAAAUAGUGAGAGCUCUGUUCCAGAAGAACUGAGCAGCCUAGCUGUUGAGCCUAGUCCUUCCAAGGUCCCUGAGAACCAAGAACAGUUUGGAAGUCUGGACAAUACACUUAUUGAAGAAAUGGUUUCUACACAAAAGUCUGCUACCUCCCCCGGAAAACAUUCUCCUAGUACAUCACUAUUAACCUACAGAAUUGGAGGGCAGCAGCAUUUAUCUAAAAAAUCCCAGGAUAUAUCCCACAGUUGGUCUGAUGAGUCUUUAUCCAUGACUCAAUCAGUAUUAAACUGUGCCUUGUCAGAAACAACAUCUGAUCAAAGUGAUAUUGAAAGCCGAAUCCGGGCUCUGAAGGAUGAGUUACAAAAGAGAAAAUCUGUUGUUUACCAGCUGAAAAAGGAACAAAAGAAAAGGCACAAGGAGAGGCUGAAAGCCCAGGAGGCUAGUUUGAUCAAACAGCUAGAGACUUAUGAUGAAUUCAUCAAAAAGACUGAAGCAGAAUUGAAUCGGGAUUUGGAGGCAACACUUACAGCUAAACCUCAAAUUAAAGCUCCGUCUUCAGCUAUUGAAAAGCCAAAGAUCAAACCACUUCCAAUCCAUAGGUCUGAGACAUCAAAAAGUUGGAACUCAUUAACUGAUUCUGAACGUUCCAAAGGAUCCUUGGAGUCCAUUGCAGAACAUGCUAAUGCUGUCUAUCAUUCUGAGAGAACUGUGUCUGCAUACACUAAGAAAUUUGUUGAAGCAGAUGUUCGGACAGAGGAACAGUCUCAAACUCCAUCACCACUCCUCAAGGCCCCAAGAAAAUCUAGAGCAGAGUCCAGUGAUUCAUCAGAUAGUUUGGCUUCAUCAGUUCUUUUCAAAGACUUAGGAGAUGUAAGCAAACCAUGCCAAGUAUCACCAAGCAAGUCUGUAGAUGCAGCAAGUCUUGCUGAAACAGAAGUAGCUCAUAAAAGAUCUGAUGGCUCUGUUUUUAAAGCAGAGCAGGAGAAUGUAUCUUCUUUAAAGAAAUAUGUCUGUUCUAGGGGUGAUCUGUUGGAAAAGAAGCAAACUGAUUUGACUGUUGAAUGUGUUCAGGAAAGAAAAGGGAUACCAGAAGAGAAGUAUAAAGAUGAAGAAAGUGCCAUAUCAAUCAAGUCUUCUCUUACAUCAAGCAAAGGGUUGCUGAAAGAAGCUUCCUUAGUUUCAGAACAGAUAAAGCCAUCACAUUGUAGUGAUUUUGAAGGAUCUUCCUUGAGAAAAGAAAUGUCAAAAAAUGGUAUAUCUCUUAUGGAAUAUUAUAAUGAUGAUUUUGACAAACUUUCAUUGUCUGUUGGAAAAGUCUCUCUGUCCCAGAGAGAGAAAUACACAAAAACUCCUAGAAGUAUAUCUACUAGUAUUAGAAGUGAAGAUGAAAUAAGUGAAUGUCUUAGUGACAGUUCUUUAUCUGUGGCUGGCAGUAUUCAUUCAGAAAAAUUAUUAGAAUUGAAGUCUCCAACAGAACUUGUGAAAAGGACAGAAUGCAGUGAUGUUGAGAGAGAACCACCUCAUGUUGAUACAUCACUUUGGGCUUCCAUUUCUAAGUCAGAAGAAGAAGAAGAAGAAGAAGAAGAAGAAGAAGAAGCUUUGGUAGAUUUCAGCAUUGGUGACAGAGUUCUUGUAAGUAAUGUCCAGCCUGGGACAUUAAGAUUCAAGGGGCAGACAAGUUUUGCUAAAGGUUUUUGGGCUGGUGUAGAGUUGGAUGAGCCUGAAGGAAACAAUGAUGGUGCUUAUAAUGGCAUUUGUUACUUUGAUUGUAAAGACAAACAUGGCAUUUUUGCUCCACCUCAAAAAAUAUCUCACAUUUUAGAAGAUUUUGAUUACAUAGUCUCAAAUGAAGACUCUUUCUCCAAAUGUAAAUUAGAUCACCAUAAAACAACACAAGACAGAAACAUGUCUGAAGAAGAGGAGGAAAAUAGAGGAAGAAUUGCAAUUGAGAAAUUCUCACAGCAUAAGUCUCUAAAAGACAUGUCUUCUGUAGAGGGAUCACUUGCAUCUGGAGAUAACAUAAAACCCACUUCUCAAAGAAACCAUAUGACAGAUAUUAGUUCUGCUGAAGAACUUGAUGAAGAAACAAAUAUUGUUGAUUCCCUAAAGUCUUCUGUAGAUGAUGACAAUAUCUUAUCUGCCUCAGUUUCUCACGCCCUUAGAGAGGCAUCUGCUGUUGCUAUAGAAGAGACUUUGGACCACAUCUUCCAUGACAAAUGGAAGCACCAACAACUUUCAUGGCAGGAAUAUACAGAAAAGUCAGAUGGCCCUUCUUCUGGAGUUUUGGAGAGGUCAUCCACUCCCCUCUUGGACUUGCUAACAAAAGAAAGAAUCCAUUUAGAAGCACAACUGAGAAUCCCAUCCCAAGAGGGGGCAGAACUGAUAAAUCAAAAGGAAAAAGUUACCUUGCUGGCUGACAGUCUCCUUCAAGCUUUUGUGAAAGACACAGUCAAUCAUCUGCAACAAAUCAAGAAGGUCAGAAAUGAGAAAAUUCAGUUCAGCAACAGAGAAUUUUAUGCUGUUCAAGAGAAUUUGACAGCUAAUGAGCUGCAGAGUAUUUUCAUCAGUUCUGAAAUGGAUGAUGGAGAAGAAGUAUCCUCUCCAGAGCUAUGUCUGAGGCCUGAAAGCCCUGUGUUUGGUGCCAGUGGACAGGAGGAGCUUGCAAAGCGACUGGCAGAACUGGAACUCAGCCGGGAGUUUCUGAGUGUGUUAGGAGAUGACCAAGAUUGGUUUGAUGAAGACUUUGGCUUAAGUUCUCGCAAACUUCCUCAGAAACAAGCUGGAGAAUCAGCUGUACUACCUAAAAUAGAGCCACCCAAAGUGCCAACCAAGCCAUGUGAAGAACCCUUAUCUGUCCCACACACUGUAGGAGAGGUGGAGGACUUGGUGCAUGCAGCAGCGGAGGAAUUAUGGAAAUGCAAAGAGAUGGGGCGUGAUCUUCAGACUACCAGCCUUCUCAGAGAAAAAAGCAAUUCAUCCAGUGACGAUGACAUUGAAGCUGUUAGUAAACAAAUCUACAAAAAGGUUAUUUUUGACUUAACAGAAGAGAUGUUUGGAGAGAUCUUUGCAGAAGAUCCAAAUUUGAACCAGCCACUAUGGAUGAAACCCUGCCGGAUUACUUCUGGUUACUUUCGACGAGUAAAAGAUCCCAGUGAUCUUGAGGAAAUUAAGAAUUUCAUAGCAACAGAGGUGCUAAAGCUCUUGAAUUUGAAAAAGGAACCAAACAACAAAACAGACUGGCAGAAAAUGAUGAAAUUUGGACGCAAAAAAAGGGACAGAGUAGAUCAUAUACUGGUGCAGGAAUUACACGAGGAAGAAGCUCAGUGGGUGAAUUAUGAUGAAGAUGAGCUAUAUGUGAAGAUGAAACUGGCAGAUGGAAUUUUUGAGGCCUUAAUUAGGGAGACUAUUGAAGUCCUUAACCAGAUCAACGAGAAACAGAAGCUGCUGCUUGUGUGACAUCAGUGCUAUACCUUUGUAAUAGCAAUGCUAAGUAGUGGAUAUAAUGUGAUUUUAAAAUGGACUGAGACUCGAAAAUGUUAUUUUAGCUCUCCUUUCCCAUGCUGCCUUUGGAGACUAAACACUGGAAUGCCUGAAUAUAUUUUCCCAUAUCCCUUAGUUUUGUUCUAUUCUUCUAUUUAUUUCUGUAUUUCCAGCUCAAAAUGUGGACCUAGCUAGUGGUUCUGGAUUAGUGCAAAAGAAGUUGAGGGGGUUUUGCAUUCAGUAUUCUGCUAAAGAUUGGUUUCUUCUAACUUGAGACUGAAUGAAAUGCUGUCACAAAAUAUUAAUUGGAGCUAAUUUUACUACUUUUCCACAGUGAACCACCAGCUUUUCCUAAGUAAGUGGGUACUCAGGAUGCUAUCAAGCUGUUGAUGUGAGAGUUGAAAAAUGUUGCUUGCUAAAUAUAAACCUUUGAUCCCUUUACAUCUUCUCUUACGACCCUACUGUACUGUAUUGGCAAAGCCCUUACAUGAAAAAGGCAGGGUUAGGAGUGUAUGUAACCAAAGAAUUUGCUGCCCAGUGACUUGCUCUGGACUUGUUUUGUAUGCAUGUAGAAUUUCUUUUGGCUUGUUUUAGAACUUGUAUAUUAGAAAAAUAUCUAAUGCUAUGCUAACAGCACUACUGUGAGAUUUAAAUCGCAAGAAUUUACAGAAAGUAUCCAUGUGUUAGGAGUAUAUCUGUCCUAUAACCAUAGAAGUGUAUAGUCUUUGUGCAAAAAUGUCAUCUUAAAAAGAUGGGAGGAAUCUGUAAAGAACCAAGUGCAUAUUUUCCACUAUAGGAUAAAAAAUGGAAGUGAAGAAGCACGAACCAUCUGAAAGUGACACUAAUAUGGAUAUUUAAAAUAUUAUUCCCUCCUUUCCUUUAGAUUUUUCUUACAACACAGCCACUGUCAAACUCUGUGUGGAUCUUAGUCAUUUUCUUCCAUGGUACAUUUCUCAUUCCUUGUUUCUCCAAGGGAAAAUAAUCUAGGCUUGAAUUCUGAUGCCUUAAUCUGAAAUCCAGUUUACUUGAUGUGACAUAUUGAAUCAAAGUGGAUUCAAAAUCUCUUGAUGUGUCUUAAUUUGGAGACGGCACUCAGAAGCCUGGGAGAAGACACUCCAAAGACUUGCGAACCAAGAGAUGCAUGUGAGAAGAACUGUGCCCUUUUCCCUUUCAUCUCAUCUAGUUCUUAGGGCUUCCAACUAAGCAUACCUCUGCCAAUACUCAUUGGUUUAUUCUUUGGAACUCUUUUUGUGAUCUAUUUGCCUUUUGUACAAUGACAUACAACUGGGAUUUCUCCUCCUACACAGGAACUGCACAGUGAAAUUUGUUGACAUACAACAAAUAGAAGCCCUCCUAUGGCAUUGCCAGCAUUUCAUUUGUAAAUUUGCUAUACCCAGUCUUAAUCUACAAAACUAAAAAGAAUGAAAGGACAGUGAGAAUGCUCAGCAUGUCUGCUUGAUACCAUAUCUUCCUAUAUGUAAAUCUAGGUGCCAAUUUAAAGGAAAAAAAUCUAGUGGAGCAAGCUGCUAUGAUUUGACUGUCUUGUCAUAUUGAGCCUCAGAAGAUGUCUGAACAGAUUUUUUAAAGCUGCUGCUGUUUGGAAAGUGUGAUGCCAUUUUAUUUGUGUUUCAGAUUAUACCAUUUCUGACCAAUCCAUGAUUUUUACUCUCCAAGAUAAAUUGUGUAAACUAAGGACACAUUCAGGUACAAAAGAAAAUCACCUGGACAAGAGCAGAGAUAAAGCAGAAAUACAGUUCUGCCACUACUGUGGUUACUAGAAACAAUAGCAAUAGUGAUCACCCUAAAGCUGUGGGCUUGCAUAUAAAGGAUUCUGUAAUAUUGGAGCCUGAUUCUAUCAAGGGAUAGAAAAAAGCUGCAGUCUUGCCUUAUAUAAACUAUUAAAAUCUGCUUAUUUGGGUGAACCAAAUAAUGCCCACCUAUUUGAAAUGUUCCACCUUUCGCAGGAACAUUCUAGUAAAGUCAGAUUUUUUUUCUUCUUCUAUAGAUAUUAUUACAUUGCCCCUGCUGGGUUCACAGUAGAGAAGUCAGAUUUGCAUUUGAAUACGUCUAGCAAACAUUCAAAAGAUUCUGUUCUAGCAAUUGCCUGAAAAUGUGUAGUACAAAGUUAAUACCUGCCUUUAUCAUAGAUUUGCGUACUCCAAAACAUGAGCUCACAUAUCUGUAAAUGAAUUGUGUCAUUUUGGAAUACUUUUUGAUGUUUGAGCAGACAUAUGACUGAUUAUCCUGUAUACUGAAAGAGAAUGUGGCCUUUAAUUUGGAGUUCUUGGGGACUAUGGUGAAUCACACUUUAUGCAUCACAGUUCAGGCUGGAUUGCCAGAACAUCACAUGAGGCUCUGGAGUUUAAACAGAUGACAAGAAAAUUGUCAUCCAGUGUUUCCUGAGAUAUACUUGAAUUAUGUCAUGUCCCACAGAAUUCACAUAGGAAACAAAGAGGGGACUUGACAAUCUGAGCCUAAAAGUCAAAGAAACAGCUCAUAGAAAGUCAGAAAGUAUGGACUGAGUUAUGUGUUACCAUUGUUCCCUUCUGAGAUGCACAGAAGAAUUAUGCAAAUACAAAGACCAACAGUUCCUCAUGUAUAAUUUUUCCUAAUCUACAACUUUGGGAAGAGUCUCCUAAACCUAUCCUGUUAAACCCCAGACAAAGAUGCAAGGGUACUUUUGCAUAAUUCUGAUCUGAUUUAAAGGAGGCUUGGAUAGGAAAAGAUUCUAAUGCUUUGUGCCCAGGAGGCUUUUAACUGUUCUAACUUCUUGAAAAAUAAGCAGCAGGAUUUUUGUAACCUAUGGGGGUGGGGGUAGGGGACCCAUUGAUCUUUGAAAAUGUGGCCUUAACAUUUUUGCAAUACUUGAACAAAAGUGUGUUUUCACUAGGAAAUUCAGUAGCACAGCAUUCAGAGACCACUGAAGUAACUGCACCACAAAGAUUUUUUCAAUCAUUUUUACUACCUUAACAGAACUUUCUGACCCUCCAGCAGCAAAAACAGCUGACACUUGCAAAGCAUUUAUUUGUAAAAUAUAGGAUGUUUUUUGUAUGUACAACUGCUGGUCAACAUAGAUAAGCAAAACUCAACUAAUUUCAAAUCUAAUGUAGAAAAAAACCAACAAAGAUUGAAAGGUUGUACUGUAAUUGGAGCAAAUUGAUGUCCCCCCACCUUUUUUUCCAAUCUUUUUAUAUACAUUUGCAGAGUUGUGUUUGGAAGAUUUUUCUUCCCUGUGUACUGUAUUUUGCAGAUACUAAACUGUUCCUGUGUGUUUGUGUGUGGUUAUGUAUGUAAAUAACCUUGUUAUACUGGUUUCUAGGCCGUUUCAAACAUUAAUCACACAUCCCUGUGCAGCACACCUCAGUAGAUUACAGGGUGUUAAGGUUCUUGUAAUUAUCAACUGUAAAAUAAACCAGGGUAGUCCCUGUGUACACCAGUGUAAAUAUCUUUGUUAAAUUCAGAUGUACUUUAAGAGAAUAAAAUCUAUAAAUAAACAGAUUUAUAAAUUA